AUGAGGGGAGGAUGCGAGAAGUGGCGCGGGAGCUGCGCUUGGAUCGAGGAGGGCGAGAGAGGCGAAAAGGAGCGGCAUUUGAUCUUUCACACCUUCAGUAACACAGGGUGGCUGGUUUACGGCGUCCUACUUCAGAACUUCAAAACAAGGAAUGGUAUCAUUGAGAAGAUCAAAGGUUGUGUUAUUGAUUCCGCACCUUCUGCCAAGAUAAGCCCUCAGGUCUGGGCUGCAGGUUAUUGUGUUGCUUUACUGAAGAAGCGCAGCCCUUCUUUAGCUGAACCUGUCAAGGGUCGCAAGCUUGACGGAAGAAGCAGUAAACUAUAUUCACAAGAUGUAAUACCAAGAAUUAUUGAAACCAUCAUCUUGAAGGUUUUGGAAAUCUUCUUCUCCAUGGUGCUUAUGCUGCCAUAUGCAAAUCAGAGGUUGAGCAGGAUCAUCUCCACUCUAAAAGAUCAGCCACCCUGCCCACAGCUUUAUCUUUAUAGUACAGCUGAUAAGGUAAUUCCAGCCUGUGGAGUGGAAUGUUUCAUUAAGGAACAAAAGGCUUUGGGAAGAAAUGUACAUGCUCAUAAUUUUGGUCCAUCACCACAUGUAGACCAUUUCAGGAGCUUUCCCCAUAUAUAUUCUGCAAAAGUAAAUGAGUUUCUAAAGCACUGCGGCUCUCCAAUUGUUCCAAAACAUAACCUUCUUUUGGACUGCAUGCCAUAAUGCCUUGCUAAAGUUGCACAUUGUUUGAGGCGCUUGGCACAAAAUUAUAAGCAGAGUCCGUGUUGGACAGGACAGCUAAACUUUCUCAGUGUGAUCAUGGGGAAUCCCUCAAGAGAUAUUAAGUUCCGAAAACCUUUACAGUUGAUGCUGCUUAGAGCAGUCUAACAGUUGGUGAUUAUCCUGUUCAUCGAGCAGUUCAAAUUUUGGAUUUGCCUAUUGUUUUCUGCUCACCUUGUGUACUUAUAUAACAUGGGGAAUUAUUUGCUGAACGACUAAUUGUAACAAUAGUGCUACGUCACACUACUACUUAUUGGGAAUUGCUUAACAAAUGAGUCUGUAUUAGUUGGAAAUUAAUCUGAAACUAAACAUGGUUCCCUAUGGAAUUGUGAUCUGGGGAUGAUCAUGAGACAGCUGAAAUCUAGGACAAACAAUUUUUUGUUUGAUUUUAGCUGUUUCUGGAAAAUUAUGAAGAUAUGAUCAUCUG